AUGCCUGCUAAGCUCCUUGUGCUUUUCCUCUUAUUAUCAGUUCUCCAAGCCUGCUCCAGGAAAAUUGAAGAUGAUGAAUAUGAAGAUGUAACAUUCAACCAAAAAUGGGUGCUUUCUCCCAAAACACAAGACACAGAUGUCACACUGAUCCUGAACAAGUUGAUGAAAGAAUAUGAUAAGAAACUGAGACCUGAUAUCGGAGUUAAACCUACAGUUAUUGAUGUGGACAUAUAUGUCAACAGCAUCGGACCAGUGUCUUCAAUAAACAUGGAAUACCAAAUAGACAUAUUUUUUGCUCAAACGUGGAUUGACAGUCGUCUCAGGUUUAAUAGCACCAUGAAGAUUUUAACUCUUAACAGCAAUAUGGUUGGAUUAAUAUGGAUUCCAGACACUAUCUUUCGUAACUCCAAAACUGCAGAAGCUCAUUGGAUUACAACUCCAAAUCAACUUCUACGAAUAUGGAACGAUGGGAAAAUUUUGUACACAUUAAGGCUUACCAUCAAUGCUGAAUGUCAACUACAACUGCACAACUUUCCCAUGGAUGAACAUUCGUGCCCACUUAUAUUCUCAUCCUAUGGUUAUCCAAAAGAGGAGAUGGUUUACCGAUGGAGGAAAAACUCAGUAGAAGCAGCAAAUCAGAAAUCAUGGAGGCUUUAUCAAUUUGAUUUUAUGGGCCUCAGGAAUACUAGUGAAAUUGUGCAAACAACAGCAGGUGAUUAUAUUGUCAUGACUGUGUACUUUGAUUUAAGCAGAAGAAUGGGAUACUUCACUAUUCAAACAUAUAUCCCUUGCAUAUUAACAGUUGUGUUAUCCUGGGUAUCAUUCUGGAUAAAAAAAGAUGCCACUCCAGCAAGAACUGCAUUAGGUAUCACCACAGUAUUGACAAUGACAACUUUAAGUACCAUAGCAAGAAAGUCCUUACCAAGAGUUUCAUAUGUCACCGCCAUGGAUCUUUUUGUCACAGUCUGUUUCUUAUUUGUAUUUGCGGCACUGAUGGAGUAUGCAGCACUUAAUUAUUAUUCAAGCUGUAAAAAGCCAAGAUGUAAAAAGAAGAAAAAAUCUAGGGCCCCACUGGUGUGGUUCUUUUUGAUCAGAGCACCAAAUUAUUCUGCACUGGAUAUGAGACCUCCACCAUCAGUCAUCACCUUGAACAAUGCCAUGUACUGGCAAGAAUUUGAAGAAGCGUGUGUCUAUGAGUGUUUAGAUGGCAAAGACUGUCAAAGUUUCUUUUGUUGCUAUGAUGAAUGUAAAUCGGGCUCAUGGAGAAGAGGUCGGAUACAUAUAGACCUUCUAGAAUUGGACACCUACUCCAGAGUGUUUUUUCCAACAUCCUUCUUGUUAUUUAACCUUGUAUACUGGGUUGGAUAUCUCUACCUAUAA